UUGUGUGGUUGCUGCUGCCUUCAUAUUUAAGGUAGUUGUAUCCAUAUUAUCUUGUAAUAUGAGCUUCUUUAUUUCUCAUCAACUCAAGAAAAUGAAAAAUUCAGACAGAAUCGGAUCAGUAAGGCAAUACAACAAAUCUGAACUUCCUCGAUUGAAGUGGACCGCUGAGCUUCAUGAUCUCUUUGUUGAAGCUGUUGAGCACUUGGGUGGCAAAGACAAAGCAACCCCAAAACGCAUUCUGCAGAUGAUGAGUGUCAAAGGAUUGACGAUCUCUCACGUCAAAAGCCAUCUUCAGAUGUAUAGAAGUAUGAAGGAUCGUAGUAACAUCAGUGUACUGGUUCCAACGAAGCACUACUUACGUGAAAGCAAAGCACAUUCUAAAGAUCUCAGAACCUUUUCUGUUUGCUCUCCUCAGAGACCAUUGGGGGAUGAGUUAAGACAAGGGGAAUAUGACAGCAGGGUUUUUGGACAUGAAAUCUUUUCUGAAGACAGCAACAGGCUUCUACAAACAAUCGAAGAAACUAGCAAUCAGCAUCAGGAUACAAAUACAUGCUUAGUUUGUAGCAUGUCCAAUGAAACCAGUGGACCUGAUGAAAUUUGUGAGCUCUCACUAUCCUCGGCUCCUCCAGCGAUGCAUAGUGUAGAAGAGAGAGAGUUCUGGCCUUUAACUGAUUAUAACAUUCCUGAUUCUAGUUCCUUAAAUGAAUUCAUAAACAUUCCCCAUUUCCACUCUCUUGGGAGCAGUAGCAUAAACUUGGAUCUAACCAUCUAAAUUACCAAUCAAGAUUAGAUAUGCACUUCUUUGUUUGUAUUUAUCCUCUCAGUAUGUUAAUACGAAUUAGACUGUUAGUAGAAAAUUAAUUAAAAUAUGACAUAAAUGAGGAAUUGAAGUUUUUUUA